GUGAAUCACGUCAGUCUUCUAAUGAACAGCUAGUUAUAAAGGUGCAAUACGUAUAGUGAUAAAACGUUUAAGUUUCAACAUCGACAAUGAAAUUUGUGAUAUAUUGUGUGCUUCUUUCCGCCAUCAUGGCGAGUGUAUAUUCAACAUGUAACCUGGGAUGGGGAAAACGGCAACAACAUGAUAGCCAGCUGCAUGUGCUGCACGCCAAAAAAGGACCGGCAUCGGAACCAGUCAAUAUGACGCUGAUUUUCUCAUAUGAAGUUAGUCCGGUGGGGUACGAAGAGGUAACAUACGUUCAACUGUAUGGAUCGGAAGCGGAUUGCAUUUUUGAUAUUGAUCCUAAUAUAGAUGUUAAAAAAGGUUUCUCAAUUCGUUUGUCCAGCAAUAAACCUGUAACUGAUCUUUCGGGGAAUGCUACUGUCUAUGGUUUUCCUUAGAAAAAUGUUGUUUUGUGUCGCGAGCCUUAACUAGUUAGUUUUCCAGAAACUUUUGUAUUUAAUAUUUAUUACACAUGAAUACUAUGUUACAAUUCA